AUGGCGACCGUCGCGACCAUCAGAGGGCCAACGCACGUGCUGAUAGUUCCGUUUCCAUCAGAGGCCACGAUCCGCCUCCUCGACCUGACCCCGCAUCGCCUCCACCGCUGCCUCCACCCUGGACUCAUCCCCUCGCCUCUCACUUGGGUAUUCGCCGCCUCGUCUUCUCUCCUUUCCGGUGCUUUUGCUCUCUCUGCCACGUACUACCUCUGGAGAGAAAAACCCAUGAGGAACAACCUCCACGAUGACUUCGAGCUCCUUUGCUUCCAUAAGCUCCCCGGUUCCUCGACCUAUCCCUGGUGGCAGGUGUCUCCGUUGUACCGUAGUUACGUCGAUGGAGAUGCUGAGUCCGAGCAUUUGAGGGAUGGGUUUCUGUGUAAUAUACAGAGCUGGGGACUUAUCGUGAACACUUUCUCUCUUUCGUUAGAGAGGAAUCAUUUAGAUUUUCUUCGCAAUUAUCUCGGUCAUGGUCGCGUGUGGGAGGUGGGGGCCCUUACUUACGCCGCGUCACACGAUCGCUCGGCGAAGUGGUCGAGCUCUAUCUCGGCGGACGACAUCGUAUCCUGGCUCCACGGUCACGAAGAUCGUCAGGUGUGUACGUGUGCUUCGGCAGUUAAGCUUUUCUGA